AUGCAAAGACGUCUCCACUGCACACGGCCUCCCAUGAUCCACAGCCAUGCAAAGACGUCUCCACUGCACACGGCCUCCACCAUCCACAGCCAUGCAAAGACGUCUCCACUGCACACGGCCUCCCACAUCCACAGCCAUGCAAAGACGUCUCCACUGCACACGGCCUCCACCAUCCACAGCCAUGCAAAGACGUCUCCACUGCACACGGCCUCCCACAUCCACAGCCAUGCAAAGACGUCUCCACUGCACACGGCCUCCCACAUCCACAGCCAUGCAAAGACGUCUCCACUGUACACGGCCCCCCAUGAUCCACAGCCAUGCAAAGACGUCUCCACUGCACACGGCCUCCCACAUCCACAGCCAUGCAAAGACGUCUCCACUGCACACGGCCUCCCACGAUCCACAGCCAUGCAAAGACAUCUCCACUGCACACGGCCUCCACCAUCCACAGCCAUGCAAAGACGUCUCCACUGCACACGGCCUCCCAUGAUCCACAGCCAUGCAAAGACAUCUCCACUGCACACGGCCUCCCACAUCCACAGCCAUGCAAAGACGUCUCCACUGCACACGGCCUCCCACAUCCACAGCCAUGCAAAGACGUCUCCACUGCACACGGUCUCCCACAUCCACAGCCAUGCAAAGACGUCUCCACUGCACACGGCCCCCCACAUCCACAGCCAUGCAAAGACGUCUCCACUGCACACGGCCCCCCACAUCCACAGCCAUGCAAAGACGUCUCCACUGCACAUGACCUCCCACAUCCACAGCCAUGCAAAGACAUCUCCACUGCACACGGCCUCCCAUGAUCCACAGCCAUGCAAAGACGUCUCCACUGCACACGGCCUCCACCAUCCACAGCCAUGCAAAGACAUCUCCACUGCACACGGCCUCCCAUGA